AUGGCGGCGCUACGCUGUCCUCUGCGCUCCCGCGCGAUCCCCGCGUGUUUGAAAUCGCCUUCAGCGGCGCAAUCGUCGCUUCCGCUUACCAACCCCCGCGCGCUGGCUACCCGCUCCCUUUCCGCCACUCACCCUCUGCACGGCGCCUUUCCCGCGCAAAUCCCUGCGAGGAGAACCAUUUUCCCCGCGUCCCGCAUUCCCCGCGUUCCCCACUUCUCCGCGACAGCUUCCGGCGCUUCCCGCAUUCCGCGCGUUUCCCUCGUCUCCCCCGUUUCCCCCGCGUACCGCGAUUCCGCGCGAUCUCCUCCAUCCGCAGCUGCGGAAAGAUCGAUCAGGCGGGGAUCGGCUGCCGCUUGCGUUUCCGCCCCCGCCUUGCCGCUGAACCUGGCGCAAGUUUCCGCGCAGCUGCCGGGAGACCUGUCGGGAUACAUGGCGCGAGUCCGCGAGUGCAACGCGGGGCUGGUGGGUGGCAGGCUGGAGGCAGCGGGUGCUGCUGAGCGCACAGAGGCGGUGGGAGAGGUGCUACAGCAGCUGCGAGAGCAAGGCGUGGUGACUGGCUGGCGCAAUGAGGUGAGUGGAGAGCGGUGGAGUGCGGAGAGUGGUGGAGUGCGGUUGGAGGAGGCAGCAGGAGCUGCUGAGCGCACAGAGGGGUGGCAGGG